AAACAUUCCCUUGUGGGAAAAGACGUCGUCAACAUCCGUUCCUGUAACCUCGGGGAGGUAUUUCAGGACCCAUGGAAAGGAAUCCAGACCUAGGUUAGAGCGGUUCCCAGCCAGCCUUAAAGAGAGCUCUCCUUGCUUCCUCCUGGCCUGGCUCUUUCUCUGGUGGUCUUCUAGCUCCACUCCUCUGGAAGCACCCCCGAGAUGAAGGACCUCCUCACGCUGACUUGGUUCCUGGCUUGUAGUGUGCCUGCUGUGCCAGGGAGCUUGCUAGACCUGAAGUCCAUGAUCGAGAAGGUGACCGGGAAGAAUGCCCUGACCAAGUAUGGCUUCUACGGCUGCUACUGUGGCUGGGGCGGCCGAGGGACCCCUUUAGAUGGCACCGAUUGGUGCUGCUGGGUGCACGACAGGUGCUAUGGGCGGCUGGAGGAGAGAUCCUGUAACAUCCGGACCCAGUCCUACAAAUACCGUGUUGCACAGGGCCUGGUCACCUGCGAGCUGGGGUCCUUCUGCCGGAUGCAGCUCUGCACCUGUGACCGCAAGCUAGUCUACUGCCUGAAGAGAAACCUCUGGAGCUACAACCCUCACUACCAAUACUACCCCAACUUCUUCUGUACCUAGAUGCUCUCCACCAGCUCCGUCCUGACCCCGACUUCAUCUGCCUGCUGACCACCAGCCAGGGUCCCCACAGCUCAGACCUCAUCCGUUCUUACAGGACACAAGGCUUAGGGAGCCCCAGGGCCAUGCUUUCCUCCAUCGUGGGGAGCCUGUAAGAAGUGAUUCUGGUCCCAAGGCUUCAGUUUGGCCCCACUGGAACUUGGAGCUCUCUGCAUGUACUCCAACAACCAACUCCGGUCCAUGGUGCCAAGUUGUCUUUGGAAGCUCAGCCUACAGCCCAUGGCUCUGCUUUUCCAGAGGUGUUCCAGCAAGAAGCAAGGCACUUGCAGACACCUGCCAGACAGACGCUGAGUGAAGUCCACACCCAGGCAGAGGAAGCCACAUGGGCGUUGUCCCAUGCUGCUGGCAUUGCCUGAGCCUCCCUCCCUGCUGCUGAGCCAGGAGCCCCAUCCCUGGGGUCCUCUUCAGUAGGAACCCUUGGCCUUGUCUGCCUGUGUAAUGCCAGUUGUGGUGGUCGUGGCCUUCAGACAGAGGUUUUCAAACUCCAGCUCUGGCUUUUGCUGUGUGACCUUGGGGGUCAUUCCCAAACCUCUCUUUCAGUUGCUUUACAAAGACCUUAUGUUCUUGGCAAUACAAGGUCAAGCUCACGAAGCCCACUUCUGUGCCCGCUCAUGGGAUGCUGAGCUUCUGGAUGGCAUUAAGCAGGAAUUCUUACACUUAACUUUAGCCAAAAGGCCGAGAAGCAAUGGGUGGAAAUUUUUAAAACUAGA